CUGGUUUCACCAUUCGAUUCGAAGUAUUUUGACAAUGACAUUUAGUGAUGUGUAAUCAGUAAAUAGUAUUUAAAUGAAAUAAAAUAAAUGUGAUAACGCUAUUGACAAACUUUUAAUUUAGCUUUUUGUAGUCUGACAAAUAUGUUUAGUCGCUUUAAAAGUGCAGUUAUAGGUGCUGUGAGUGGUUUAGAAACAAACGGCUUAACUCCUGGCGAGUCCCAUUCCCACCUUAAACAACAAACUUUAGCCCCGAAAUUCUCAUACGGUCGUCCUGCUUUUCUCAAUUUAAGCGAAGAUGAAGUCCAAAUGUCAGCCGACCACAAACUACGGCCUAUCAUUCAUCCCAGCAUGUCACUGCCACAUCAUGCAGGUUAUGCCGAAUGUGUUAACGCUGGAAAAUCGAAAUGGAACGAAGAUCAAGCCGUUUAUCGACAAGGUGUCUUGACCAGGGUCGAAUAUAACGAUAAACAGGGUGUGCAGAAAUUCUCCAUUCCAUACACAUAUUAUGGCAUUUUUGAUGGACAUGCCGGAGUGGGGGCUGCUUUGUGUGCAGCAAACCAACUGCACCACAUUUUGCAUGAAAAACUGGUUGAUGCUCAAGAUGACAUUUGGAUCGAUUUUAGUGAAAAAAAGAGGCUGAAAUCUAAACCUAGUGACUUACUUGUAACAGGUGCUCUAGAAGCGGCUUUUAAAGAAAUGGAUCAAGUUAUAGCUGAAGACAGGACUAAGUACCAAGCUGCUGGUGGUUGCACAGCUUUGGUAGCUUUAUUUAUUUUAGACAAGUUAUUUGUUGCAAAUGCGGGCGAUUCUCGUGCGAUUCUUUGUAAUGAGAAUAAAUUUAGUCAAAUGUCCAUGGAUUUUACUCCUGAAAAUGAACGUGACAGAAUCAGAAGACUUGCAGAAGAGCAACCAAAUUUAUUAGGACAAGAGUUUACCUCGAAAGAGUAUGUAAGACCCCCAAAAUCAACGGAACUAGGUAAAACAAUAAUGUAUAGAGACGCUCACAUGAGCGGCUGGGCUUACAAAACGCUUCAAGUAGACGAUCUCAAACUUUCCGUCAUAACCGGUCAAGGCAAAAGAAGCCGCGUGAUGGGGACUAUCGGCGUAACUCGUGGUUUCGGCGACCACGAUCUCGUUUCAGUUUACCAGAAAUCUCCAAUUAAGCCAUUCCUGUCGUGUCACCCGGAAGUGCAGGUUCACAAACUUACAAGUGCUACUGAAAAGGAAGUACUAGUGAUGGGCACCGAUGGUUUAUGGGACGUUGUUUGCGGCACCAAAGCCGCCGAAGUGGUAGCUAAAUCUAUAAACACUUUUAUGGAAAAAGAACGCUACGUUAGUGCAGCUACAUGUUUAGUGGGAUCUGCAAGAGGUUCAUUAAUUAAUGAACAUAACUGGCAACUUAAAGACGGCAAACCCUCAUCGGCCGAUGACAUUUCAGUAUUUGUUAUUCCUUUAUUUCCUUAUAGGUUAGAGUACGAGAAGUUGAUCAAAAAGUACACCUACAACGCAUGAAUUGGGAGUUUGCUUUGUUUUUUUUCCAUCAUGUUGCUUCUGGUCUCCACCACACUCCAAAGAUUAGUGAUAACAAAUCAUUAUUAUAUUUUUUUGAACAUACUAUCGUUAUAUGUUUGUACCUGUUCGUUUUGUAUAACUUUUUUUUGUGCAUGGUCACUUAUAUGUGGACCUUACCAUUCCUUGUUUAUUGUAUUUUCGUAAUGUUAUACCCAUUUGGGACAGCGUUUGCAAUAAAAUUGAUAAAAAAAUUGCAAAGCUA